AUGAUAUCGCAAAUAGCAAGUCGUACCCUCUUUCCAUUGGAAUUGGACAAGCGGAUCGAUGCAGCUAUUGAAAAUCUCCAGCUACAACUAGUGUGCCACCCAUUCAAAUUUACCGUGCUGGGGCUGUUCAAUCUAGAUCAAAGUACAGCUGUCCUAGUGGCAAAUGCUUUAAUGAUCAAUGCAAUUUUUCUUAUACAAUAUGAUAUUGCAAACAAUACAACUGUGAAAUUUUAAGAUGAGAUCAAUAAAAUUAAGUAUAACGAAAUUUGUAUAAUCAAG